AUGUCUCUACCUAAACCCUCUAUAUCGCCCUCUAUCUCCUCAUCACCCUCAAACCAGUCCCUUCGCCGUCCGUUGUCCCGUCCACACAGCAUCGACCAAGCCGCGCAUCCGCAGACGCAACCGCAGUCUAUCGAUCACUAUGAGCAGGCAAGCUUGAACACCGGCGCAACCGUCGACUCACACCUCGCAGAACACAAUGACCAAAUUUACCACGAGACCGCGCCUUCAUUUGCAUCGCAAAUGCUCUCCCAGCCAUUCUUCACCCUGAUCGAAGACACCCACACCUCUGAAUACUAUCACCCAACAGUCCACUACAUCUUUUCGGACGACGACACAGACAUCGUAACGGAAGCUGCGCUGCGCUCGCUUGAAUCUGAGCAGGAUGCCCUUCCGAAUCCAAGUAUUAAGGGCAAGUCAAAAGCGGUGCACCGGCAUCCUUCAAGGGUGGGAGAGCACGAGUCAGAGACCCCAUACGAGGACGAUAAUCCGGCAAGGAAGGAAUCUCUCCUUCCGGAUCCAAUACCCGGCGUACGCGAUAAUUAUAUAAUCCUCGAUAUCGAUCAUGUACCGUCCAGACAGGAGAACGAAUAUCCUGCAGGAAUGUCUCCUGGAACGCACCCGCAAGACCAGCCGCAAGGCCCGACACCAGAUAUAGCCAACCCACUAAUCACUGAACAGCAGCUACCUCCGCAAGGUCAAUUCAGAAUCACGUCCGCACAUAGCCUCUCACCAUCCUGGCAAAUCCUGAACACUCAACUCCUUCCGGCACCGACAUUCGAAAAUUCUUCUAAGAAACCGCUGAACGGCGGCCUCAUGCUCCAAAUCCAGGGAACAUCUGGCCUACCAUUUGGUAUACUUGACAGGGACAAGGAAGCAAGCGGUCAGCGGUUGGAGGACAUGAUGGAUCAGUUUGCGAGGCGAAUGGAAGAACUGAGAAUGGUUAUCGAGAAUGGAGAGCGGGGAAUGGCGGUUGGGAGAGAAGGGCCAGUACAAGAGACCAGCCUGCUCGGAGAGCCGAGUGCCCGGGAUAUAGCGGACGUUGCCCCUGUGGUAGAGAGUGAAGAAGUCCAAAAGACAGAAGCUGUCCCUGGGGACCAGUAG